CAUGAAUAUAUGUUAGUUUAUGAAAUUAUGUAAAUUGUUGUUUUCAUUACACAAUUAGGAGUCCGAUACUAGUCCAAAGAAACUUCCUGAAACAGAUGAAAGAGGGACGAAUGAUUUUGACCAUGAUCCGUUGCGUCAACUGAUUAAGAGCCUAUAUUUCAUGUACGACACACCUGUUGAGUUGAAGUGGGAUGGCAGCAAAUUUGGGCUUUCAAAUGUUGAUGCUUCAUUCUUCUUGACAUUCUCUGAUGUAAAUGAAAUAGUAGCUGGAUACAAAUGUUUGAACAUAUCUAUACUACAGUUAUGGAUGUUGUUUUUGGAUGAGUGGAGCUCUACUUUGGGUCAUGCUUCCGUGUAUGGAUUCCUUGAGCCACAAUCGAUACACAAUGCAAAGGAUCGACGUGCUGAAUGUGAGCAUUACUUACAAGCAUGGCUCAAGGAAUCGCAACGAGAGGUGUACCUAGGAGCUUACUUAAAUCAGGGCCAUUGGCAACUGGUAGUACUGUGUCCUGCGACCAAUGUUGUUGCAUGGUUUUGUUCGUUACGUAAGAAGCCUGAUACUCAUAUCAAAACUGCAAUUAACAAUGCAAUGAAGUCAGCAAACACAACCGCGGAUGGUACAAAUAAUCCAGCAACUCCUAAGUGGGUUGAAGUCAAGAGCCAUGUACAAAGCGGAGGGUAUGAGUGUGGCUACUACGUGAUGCAUUGGAUGUGGAACAUCGUCGGUGGGGGUUUAAAGAAUGAUUGGAGCAUGUGGUUUCUUGAUGGAACGGCGUUAGACAACGAAACAAUUACAACGAUUCGCCAGAAAUGGGCAGCAUAUUUUCUUAAAGUUCAAAGCAUUCAAUGUACAAAGUCUUAGUUGACAUAGGAAAUCUUUUGGUUAUUGUGAACAUUACUGAGACAAAUGUCACUAUAUUGGCUUGUAUUUAUUUGGAAAUAUAUUUAUGAAACUUUGUGUUUUGUUGUCUC